AUGAUCUCGUUUCCCAACAGAAUGGUGAAAACCGUUUUUGAAUCCGUAAGUCCAAUACUGCUUUUAUCCCGAUUAGCCGGCGUAUGCCCGUUAAUAACGAAGAAAAACUAUGGAGUGCCAGAAUUGGUUAGGUCCAAUUAUUUGACAAUGUUGCAAGUUAUUAUUCUUCUGAUCAGUCUCGCUCAUUUGGGGUUUAUACCGUACGCUGUUAUCAACAUAGAAGAGAUGCCACAAAUUUCUUCACAAUAUAACGCAACAAUAACAGACACUAUUAAAGAUUUGUCCAGUCAAAAAUUUAUAACGAAAAUGGCCAAUAUCGUUCUGAUUUCGUUUACUUCCAUUUUGGUGAGGUUCUCCAAUUUGAUCCAGAUGCCCAAACAUUUGCCCGAAUUGCUCAAGAAUAUUUACACUCUGGAUCGAAUUUCGCUACAAGCGAACAAUCGCGAUAUCAAAAGAACUUUCCUUCUAUCCGUUGUUUUAAUUGUAGUUUCUUGGCCUUAUCAGAUUUACUCCAUUUUAAUUGUGACUACUGAUAGCUGGAUGGCUUUCUUGAUGUUUUACUUAAAUUUGUACAAUAAUUUUGCCGUAAUUUCCUGCGAAUUUCAGUUCGUUGCGUUCGCUUGGAUAAUUGAUAGUAGAUUCGAUAAAUUGAAUAAAACUUUGAAAGAAUUGUGUAAUAAGCAAUACUUGGAUAAUGAGCAAGCUUCGUUAGUAAAACUUUCCCAAACUAGGAAAUCUUCCAGACUCUUAUGCCAGGCUUUCGGGAAUUUAAAUAGACUACACGGUUUCCAGCUUAUGGCGAUAUUAAGCGGUCUAAGCUUGAACGUUUUGUUCGGAUUGUACUUUUCGAUUUUCGGCGGAUUUACGAAAAACUCCACGAAAACCAGCAUUAGUUUUCAACGGAUUUCUAACAUUACGAACGAAAUUCUUUGGAGCAUAUACUAUCUAACUCGGUUUGUUUUUAUAUGCAUUGUUGCAGGAUCGACAACUGAUAAGGUUUGCAUUUUUAUUUGA